CACAAUUCAACACUUCUAUUUGGAGGAUUGAUUUUCCGGUCGCUCAUACCUUGUAACUCAGUUUAUUGCACACACUUCCGGUUCAGACUUCCACUUCCGGUCCUAACUGAGUAACAAGACUUACAGGAUACCGUACAUUGAGAAAUUAAAUGUUAUCUUUGGAGGCACAUGACAGAUAUCAUGGUUAUGCAGAACAGUUUAUGUGAAUUUCAUUCUUAGAACCAAAUAUAAACUUCAUUUCCGAUCAUGAAUAAAUGAUGUCCUCGGCUGGUAAGUUGAGUGAUGAAAGUAAGGAGAGCCAUACAUUGAAAGAAAAUAAAGGUACACCCUUAAAACGCAAAAGAACAAAGAUUGAUCAGAGUAACUGUGAAAAAUCUGAAAAGGGAAGAGAACAAAAUGUAGUUUUAUUACACACAACCCAAGAAUCUGCCAUACAAGCAGAAGAAACUGAAAACCAUUUACAGUUAAAGAAACAAAAAUUAGAUAAUGCAGAAUGUGAACAACAUGCAAGUGAAAAUGCAAAAGAGCCUGAUACAGGCUCUCUUAGUCCAAAACUUGUUGAUAAUGGAAGAAAUACGAGUAAUCACGCAGAACAACCAGACACUCAGUUCUCCGAUAAAGGACGUCCAGAUAUCCUUUGCCAUUUCUGUGAUUUCAUUGCUAAAAACGAGGUAGCACUAAAGAUCCAUGAAAACACACAUUCUGUUGGGAGCCUUUCAAAUCCAGUAAAGGACUUCUCUAGUAACUUACAAGAAACAGGUGGUAACUGUAACCUGAAUUCAGAACUGGUUCUUAAAUGUUCACAUUGUAGUCAGUUAUUUUCUACUUGCUUAGAUUUGGAAAGACAUAUCAGUGAGCAUCAUCAUAAAGAACAAAAUAUAGAAAGCAAGUGUCCGCACUGUAAUUAUGUAGCAGAUAACAUUUCUUUGCUAACGUUGCAUAUUGAACAGAAACAUAUACAGCAUCAGACUUUAAGCUGUGAACUGUGUGGUUUUCAUUGUAAAGAUGAUGCUGCCCUUCAGGCUCAUUUUCUUGGUAAGACUCAUCUUCGCCGUAAAAAUGUUGCUGCACGAGGUGGAUUUGUACAGCUGUUAACCAAAACACCAGUUUCAAAAAAAAUAUAUGCAGCUAAAAAGAAGGGUCUUAAAGUAGAUAUCCCAGAUAAAUAUAGUAAACUAAGUGCUGGGCAUGCUGUCUCCGAGAGGGGAAAAAGUCGAGAAAAUGUAUCCAAGACAAAUGGUGAUGUUGAACUUUCAACAGAAAUGUCAUCAUUUAGUGACUCUGAAACAAAAACAACAUUAAUUGACCAGGAAGGACUGGACAAAAAACAUAAAAUAUUUCAAGCACCCAUAGAUAUUUUACAUAAUUCUUCCUCCUCUAAAAAUACUGGGAACGGACAGAGUACGCAAAAUAUGCUAAAAGUGGCACAAAGGCAGUGUAAAUCUGCAGUUGAAUUUGUAAAUCUCAAACGAAAAGAUGCACUAUUGAUAAAAAACAAAGGUAAAAACAGACUAAGGCAUAUGCAUGCUAACACAAAAGGCAGACAGAAAAAUCUGCUUAUGAAAUGCAAAAUUAAAAAAGUAGCUCAAGCAAAGGAAUUCCAGGUAGUGUCUGCAGUAACAUCAGAAAAGACUUGUGAUAGCACUUUUAAGCAGCUAGCACCUUCUUUAAACAGUGUGACAGAAGCAAUGCACGAAUUAAGGUGUGAUAACAAUGAGGGACUUGCAUUAGAAAUUAGUCACAAUCUAGAGAUCAAAGAUGAAUGUUCUGUUCAUGAUAAAAAUCCGUCUUUGGAAGUCCCCAUAUUGGAUAUCGAUUCCACUAAUCAUAAAUGUUUAAAUACCUGUUCUUACUGUGGUCGUGUAUUUCAGAACAGAAAUGGUCUGGAAGUGCACAUAAAAAGACGUCAUACAAAAGAAAUGGAAUUCCAUUGUCAUCCUUGUGGAUACUCUUGUGUUACAAGGGGUGAUUUUGAAAAACACUGUCAGAGUAACAGACAUCUGUCCAGCAAGUCAGAAUUUCAUUGUAAGCUUUGCUCACUUGUUAUUGUUGAAACAAGUCUCAAUUGUCACAUGAAGGAAAAACAUCAAAUAUUUUCUUGUUCAGUAUGCAGACUUGAUUUCUUAACAGAAGACGAACUAGCGAGUCACAAAAAAGACAUGCUUCAUACUGAUAAAAUGAAGCAAGAAGCCACUUAUCUGAUGAGCAGUAAAGAUUUCAUUUUGAAAUCUUCAGCAGGUACUGGUGAGUUAGAUAAUACUCAAAGUGGACAUGAAAUUGAAGUCAGUGUGCAGGAUGAUUAUGAAAUACCAACAUUUUCUGCAUUAGAUGCAUCUUCAGAAUACCCACAGAAGCAUUUGCUGUUGAAUAAAACUCAAUUUAACUGCAGAAAAUGUUUCUAUAAAACUAGAUCAUCCACUGUCCUUAUGAGACACACAAAACUUUGCCACUCCUCUGAUUAUCACUUCCUCUGCAAAGCAUGUAAUCUUUAUACAAUGAGCAGAGAGGGGAUUGAAAAACAUAUGAAAGGAAGUCGGCAUAUUGAAAAUGCAUUUAGAAAUAACAUUGGUUUAUUAUUUGAUGAAUGUAUUGAAAAAGUAGGCAUGUCUGAAGUCAAAAAAGGAGCAAAAUUUACAGCUUGUUUAGUGAAAAGUGAACUUGACAAAGUGAUUGUACAAGAACAGCCAUUUUCAGAGCACGCUGAAAAUGUAGCUGCAACUAAUUUAGUGUCUCAGGUUGAGCAAAUAACUGCUACAUGUAAUGUAGCUGAAAGUGAUCUUUCUGUAGAUCCACCCAAGAGAGGAAGACCUAGAGGAAACAUUUCUAGGAAAUGUUCAUACUGUGGUCUUUUUGCAUCAAGUGUAACAAAUUUAACUGUGCAUAUCAAACGAAAACACAGUCACCAGUACAGUUACUUGUGCAAAGUAUGCAAUUACUAUACUGUAACCAAAGGGGACAUGGAACGCCAUUGUGCUACAAAGAAACAUAAGGGGCGUAUUGAAUCUGAGGGGAAUGGUAGUCAAGCUAAUGAAGUUGUCAUUCAUAAUGGUAGUGGUGAUCUUCAGACUGAUAGCACGACUGAAGAUCAAGCCUUUGUAUUAAAUAAGAGUAGAGAAGAUAGAAGUUCAGUAGAUGAGGUGGAAGGAUCUAACACAGAAAAUGAAAUGCAUGACAUUACUGGAUUUAAUGAAAUAAACAGCGAAGGUGAUCCACUACUAAAUCAAGAAACUUUGCAAAAGUCGAAGGAUAAAGUGGAAACUGUGGUUAUAGAAUCCAUUUCCAUGCUAGAAGACAAUGACGUUACUCUUCAAAGGAAACUCAAAGGUAACACAGAUAAUGCCUGCGUGCACUGUGGAUUUGUUGCACACUCUGCUUCCUCUCUCACACUGCAUAUAAAACGGAAGCAUACUAAAGAGUUUGAGUAUUACUGCAUGGCUUGUGACUACUAUGCAGUUACACAACGUGAAAUGAUGAGGCAUGCUGCAACAGAGAAACAUAAAAUAAAAAGCCAGUCAUACCUUCACUCUUCCAGAGGAGGAAAAGAUAAUGAACACCUACAGUCAACAGUGAGUGUUUUAGACAAACAUAAAGAUAACAUUAAUACAGUUCAAAAAACUAUUUGCAGUGGAGCAAACAACGAUUUGGGCUCUCAAGUUAAUGCUAUUCAAGAAGUAGAAGAUUCUGCUGUUUGUUUGAUUACUGAACAAACCAUGGACACCUCUACUGGUAUUUGUACUUCUGAAGAACUUGAACGUGGUGAAAAAGAAAAGCUAAUUAAUUUAGAAAAAUCUCAGGAAAAAUGUGCCAAGGAAGUAAUGGCUGACAAACAGGGAAGUUGUUGUAACAGGAUAGAUGUCCGUUAUGAGACUUCAGAUAACUCUGACUUUUCUAUUGCAGAAUUCCAAAAUGAUUUAAAGCAAAAAGGUAGCGUAACUGUAGUAAGUAUGGCAGAAGAAGAACAAAAAACAAACCAGCUAUCAAGAGAGAAAACAGAGCAUAGUGCCAUACAGAGAAAUGCAGAAGUGCUUGUAGAACAGGAAAAAUCGGAUUGUGUUGGACAUAUUUCAGUAAAUUCCCAAGAAAAAUGUAGUGCAGUUCCACAAGAAACCAGCCAUAACAUUACUAUGGAGCAGAUUGAUAGUCUUCAUAAAACAUACAUUGUGGAGAAGACAGGCAAUCCCAAAAAUAUUUCUGCUUUUGAAGAGGCAGCCUUAGUUAUACAGAGAGGAGAAGCAGUAGUUUCAAGUGAUGUCUGGACAGUGGAAGAGUCCAUUUCAGAGGAUGUAAACCAUGAAGAUUUCAACGUUACUGAAACCAGUAGUAGCACCAAUCCAAAGAGCAAGCUUUUACAAACCGUAGGCAGAUUUGAUGCUUCUAUUGUAAAGUUAAAUCACAGUGACAUCACUGAUGUAUCUGAUGAAGAGCAGUUGCCUAGUGAAACAAACGCAGUUGAUUUAAUGACAGAUUUACCACAAAGUGGGAAAAAAAGAAAAAUCGAAGGAACUCACUUUAGUGAAUCAACACGUAUUCGGUGUGAUGAUUGUGGAUUCUUGGCUGAUGGAUUAAGUGGACUGAAUGUGCAUAUUGCCAUGAAACAUCCCUCAGAAGAAAAACACUUUCACUGCUUACUCUGUGGAAAGUCGUUUUACACAGAGAACAACUUGCAUCAACACUUGACUAGUGCUGGACACAUGAGGAAUGAACAGGCAAGUGUUGAGGAACUACCAGAAGGUGGAGCCACUUUUAAAUGUGUUAAGUGUACUGAGCCGUUUGAUACAGAGCAGAACUUGUUUCAUCAUAUAAAGCAACAGCAUGAAGAAUUAUUGCGUGAAGUAAAUAAGUACAUUGUUGAAGAUACAGAACAAAUCAACCGUGAGAGGGAGGAAAAUCAAGGCAAUGUUUGCAAAUAUUGUGGCAAGCAGUGCAAGAGCAGCAAUUCAAUGGCAUUCUUGGCCCAUAUCCGCACCCAUACAGGUUCAAAACCAUUUAAGUGCAAGAUCUGCAAUUUUGCAACAGCUCAGCUAGGUGAUGCCAGGAAUCACGUUAAACGACACCUUGGAAUGAGAGAGUACAAAUGUCAUAUAUGUGGGUUGGCAUUUGUAAUGAAGAAACAUCUGAAUACGCAUUUGCUUGGAAAACAUGGAGUAGGGACACCAAAGGAAAGAAAAUUUACAUGCAAUCUGUGCGAGAGAAGUUUCACAGAAAAGUGGGCACUGAACAAUCACAUGAAGCUGCAUACUGGUGAAAAGCCAUUUAAGUGUACCUGGCCAACAUGUCAUUAUUCCUUUCUUACUGCAUCUGCCAUGAAGGAUCACUACAGAACUCACACAGGAGAGAAGUCAUUCCUGUGUGACCUCUGUGGCUUUGCUGGUGGGACUCGUCAUGCACUUACCAAACAUCGGAGGCAGCAUACAGGAGAAAAGCCAUUUAAAUGUGAUGUGUGCAGCUUUGCUUCUACUACACAAUCUCAUCUGACACGGCACAAACGUGUCCACACUGGAGAGAAGCCCUACAAAUGCCCCUGGUGUGAUUACAGGUCAAACUGUGCAGAAAACAUUCGCAAGCACAUCUUGCAUACCGGUAAGCAUGAAGGUGUGAAAAUGUAUAAUUGUCCCAAAUGUGACUAUGGAACCAACAUUCCGGUUGACUUUCGUAACCAUCUUAAAGAACUUCAUCCAGACUUGGAGAAUCCUGAUUUGGCUUACUUACAUGCUGGAAUUGUUUUUAAAUCCUAUGAAUGUCGGUUAAAAGGUCAAGGGGCAACAUUUGUUGAAACUACUGCACCAUUCACUGCAACAACAACAACAACAACAACAGCAACAAAGUCCUGUCUAGCUAAAGAAAAGAUGGGUAAAUCCAGUCAGAACCAGCCGCAAUCAGCCGAACAAGUGCAACAAGUUAUAAUUAUUCAGGGAUUUGAAGGUGAUUUUGCAAUUGAUACUUCUGUUGAGGAAGCUGCAGCAGCUACUCUUCAGACUUUGGCUAUGUCUGGCCAAGUAGCCGAAGUGGUCCAUAUCACAGAGGACGGUCAGGUUAUAACCACAACACAACAUGGUACCCAUGUUGGAAGUAUGCUUACUGAACAUCUGUCUGAUGGCGCCACACAGGUGGUUUUAGUGGAGACUCCAGGUGAGGAGUCCAGUGAAGCCAUUGCAGUAGGAACAGUUGAUAAUUCCAGUGGAACUGUUGUACAUCAAGUAAUGACCCAAGGAGUGAUGGCCAGACAGAAAUCCAGAGUUCAUGCUUCAGAUGUUCCUUCAGCAUUAGAUGCUUUGCUCUGUGCUGUUUCAGAACUGGAUGAAGUAGAAAACAGAGCACAACAGCAAGGAUAUGCUGCAAAGUCUGUUCAAGAAGGAUCUUUCUCAACUGGAGUCCAGCAGCAAGACGUAGAAGAUGUGGUGCCUGAUGACCAGGUGAAAGAAGAAGUGAAAGUGUUCCAUCAGGUGGGAAGGAGCUCAGAAGAUUCACAGCAAGUCAAAAUGGUGACGCAAGUUAUUCAUCCAUCUACUUUGUCGGCAUCUCAUGAACAAACUCAAGUUGCUUUCAAGGAUGUAGUACAGGGUGUUUUGCAGUUUGCUGUUUGUGAUCUAGCUGCAGCCGAUGAGCUGAUGAAUGAAGGUGUCACACAAGUAAUAGUGAAUGAAGAAGGAACAGUACAUAUGGUAGCUGGUGAAGGCCGACAGAUCAUAAUGCAAGAAGCAGAAGGUCAUGCAGUAGGUGUGCAUAGUCAACACAUGGAUUUGGUAGAUUCUUCUGGGGAAAUAUCCCAAAUCAUUGUAACAGAGGAAUUGGUCCAGGCAAUGGCCGAACAGUCCAGCAGCACUUUCUCCCCUGGUGCAACCCAUUACAUUGUGACAGAAAUACCACAAGAGGAAAUUCACUGUGAAACUGAUGAGUAUACACAUGGUGUGGAAAAGACUGGAGCUACUCAGGAAGUUUUGCAGAUAGGUACCAUUAUAGGAUCUGAUGCAUCUUCUGCUGGUAUUACUGAACAGUUGACAAGUAUGGUACUUUACACACAGGAGGGUUCAGAACAUAUUCAGGACAAUAGUAACCAUGAACAAACACAGGAAACAUAAAGUAUUGUCUAAUAAUUCUAAUGAUAAAAAAUUGUAUUGUAAUAGGUUAUAUUAAAGGAUUAUGUUGAAUCCCUA